GCGGCAGAAAGACGGACUCUUAGUAGUAGUUAGUAGUAGAGAGAGCCUCGUGCCGAACAGUUGGCCUCAACCUGCUCGUGUCCGACGGUUUGACGUUGCCGCCGCCGGAACGCAAAGAGGAUACGCGCCGAGCGAUGACCAUGCCUCCUACCGAGCGCAGUUUCGGAUUCGUCGUGCACCACCAGCUGCACCAGAGCAAGGCGGAGACUCGGAGGGCGUCCAAGCCUUUGAUGGAGAAGCGUCGCCGGGCGCGCAUCAACCACAGCCUGGCCCAACUCAAGAGUCUACUGCUGGACGGAAACAGCAAGAAGGAAUCUCAGAACCCCCGCAACGCCAAAUUGGAAAAGGCUGACAUAUUGGAAAUGACCGUACGACACCUCCAGGGCAUUCACCAGGGUCACCAUCUGCCUCCGACGCCUGCCAUGGAAAUGCGAUUCCAGGAAGGCUUUGCUGAGUGCGCCCGUGAGGUGUCCCGCUUCGUGUGCAACUCGGACGUGGACGACUCCCUUCGGUCUCGGCUCCUGGGACACUUGGCUUCCUGCCUGGCCUCCAUGCAUCCGGCGGUUCAGGCAGCGGAGGCCAUGGACACCGAGGAGACGGGCACCGCCAGGGCCGUUUCGCACGUUUCGUCGACUUCUGCGGCGAACGCCGCUGCCACCUCCCACGUCAGCACGUCUAACGUCACUAUGGCUGCUAGUCGCGUCAUCGUCAAGCAAGAGAUCUCAGACGGCGAUGUCACUGCUGCUGCUUCUUACGCUGUCGCGACUCACCAUCCUUGCUUCACCAACGGUGACCUGCCCGGCUUGUCCGUGUCGAGUCCGCUCAACCUGGCCACCGGGAGCCGCUCCUCAGCCUAUUCUACCUCCUCUUCCUCCGGCGUCAGUGCACCGGCGAGCCCCUUCAGCGAUUCGGAGUCGACCACGUCGGCCGCCAGUGACGACAACUACGUGGCCGAGCUCGAACAGCACACGUUCGGCGUCAUACGCCGGGCCCCGGCAGCGAUGUUCGGUGACCCCGUCUGGAGGCCCUGGUAGUGAAGGGCUCGCCCAGCACUAAGCGCAGUGUGCCAAAUACUUUACUAUAGGAGGUGUCUGUUACGUUUGACCGAAAUCGGUGCAUCUGGUCGGUUCUACUGUGUUUACGUAGAGAAUUCAUUGUCGCGACAGCUAUGACGCGAUGUGCCCGAUUCCUUGCGAGGCCCAUUUCAAUCCUUGAAAUGGUUCGAUGCCAUUAGGCUGGCUCAAGCAUGUCCUCAAGACAUCAGGGGAAAGAUAGGGUGUUGUCAACAGAGUCAUUUGUACGAUGGUUUAGAAUAUUGCUCAAUACUAAUUUCUUCCGGCUGUCAUCAAGCGGAAUCCCGUAGAGCUGCUGCCCUGUUCGACACAAAGAUGUUGGUUUAAUCUGUCUUCCUCCAUGGAGUAACAAACCAUCCAUGGAGACACAGAACAGUGUUACGCUCAGUGGUUGUGAGCGCCAAGUUGUCGAAAAUUCUCUGAGCAGACAUGUUAGUGUUUUACACGACGAAUAUAGAACACAGAACGACUUGAAUCCGCGACUUUUAUGUCUCCUGUCCAGCAUGAAGGACAAAAACACCGAGCUGGGGUGACUAGCACUGUUGAAAUGCGACUAUGCCAAAGAUAUGCGCAGACUAUGGCUAAUAUUUAAUAUGCUAAUACUGCUGUAUUUGAACACGUAGAUAAUAUCCUAGACGAGAUGGUAGCUUAAGGAUAUUUCUUCUUAGCAUUUACGGGAGUGAGAAAUAUUUCUUGUAUACGGUGGCCGUAAAAUCAAUGUCAGUACUGAUGCCUUUUAUACUUGGCCUUCGUAUAACAUUCCGAACGUUCUUAUCAAGAUUUGAACACCCUUCGAGAUUCCUCUAAAAUUUCUAUGGCCGACUAGGCCACAGCCCCUUUCACGACAUUCCGUAGAGAUGAUGCACAGUGUAAAAGUUCCAUACGCUCUCUCUUCAACACCUUUUUCCCUGUUGUUGGCCUUUUGUCUUUUUUCUUUGUUGUUGUUGUUUAGAAACAGCCUCUCUGAAACCUCGAUGUAAACCCAAUUGCCUAUUUUUUUGUGUGAAAUACUUGCUUGGUCAUGCGAUCAUUCAAGCAAUGCUCUUGAUUUUCCUUCUUUUAUUUUUUUUUACAUUCCUUAUUUAUGCUUCAAUCAUCCUGCCAGUGGGCGUUAUGGUGCGUUUCGUGGUUUCUUGAAUGGCAUGUCUUUCUUACCUGCAGUAAAAUGCACAUCUGAAGUGCGUACCUAUAUAUCUUUAUUGCCGGAUAGGAGGAGGAUGUAACAGUGCAUACAGGCGAUCCUGAACAAUUGCGUGCAUUGAUAAAUUUGUCAGCUCGUUCUGGCUGAUAGCCGUACAAUGUGGUCAAAAUUCCUGCAAGUGUAAUAACCGCAGCAGUCCUGAAACCCAUGUUCACACGUUGGGUUGUCUAUAAACCACGGUGGAGACUUGAGUAGUUGUUGCUCUCCGACGACACGGAGCUGACCAAAUUUUGUCUCCGGUGUAGUGGACAAAUUUUAUAAUUAUUUUUUUUUAGUAUUGGCUGAUAUCUGCCGCACAUUGGUUAGAGGCAGGAAAGGUCCCCUGAUAGCUGUCAUUGUAAAUGAAAAAAAAGAAGAUAGCGUCAGGUGAUAGUGGGUGUACAUAUUUAAGCCUGGAUGUUUUAUUUCAGGUACAGAAGAGGCUUUACACAUGUUCCUAGUUACGAGUACUGCGCAACUCUAAGAAUUCACUUGCACGACCUUGUUUUUUAUGUAGUCAUCAUUGCUAAGACAACUCUCCGCAUCCUCUGCAUGUGUACAUGGUUGUCGAUUCCAUAUGAGCAGAACCUAAUAGACUUGUUCCUUCUUGGACAGCCAUGACAACCGUCCAUGAACUGGAGGAUGCCUUUUGUAUCAUAUGUACAGUGUCUCUUUCAAAUGCUCACACCAAACUUAAUUUUAUACGAAGAUUGUACAUACGUUACGUUUGAUGUGUAGAGUUCCUAUACGAUCGAUUUGUGUGCUUGUUAAGUAUUCGUUAAGUUAUAAAAGUCAAUCACGUCUCAUAUUUCAUUACUCAUGCCUCAACACAGGUGCCUUUUCACUGAAUGUCAUCUACCUUGUGUCACAAAGAAAAUACGCACAAAAAAAGUAUUCAUGUGUUGAAUAAACGACAAGUGUU